CGGGUUACAAUUUGGCGCAUGGUUAUGAUAUUUGGCGUUUCUACGACUUUCGGGAUUACACAAGACGCAAUAACAAGCAUGGAGGCGCAUUACAACCUGCAUGCAACGAAGAAUAGAUAUAUAGAGAAGCGAUAUCCCAAGAAGAGAGGUGAGGCCUGGAACUUGUUAAUGGUCCAAAAGCCUACUGAGAAGGAAGUCGAUGGGGUUGGAUCUACUAUGGUCGAUAAGGCCGAAACAAUCAAAUCAAGUUAA